CGAACGGUCACACGCCUGCACAUUUCCACAAGUUUCUUUAUUUAUUGAUAAUUAUUCGUUACGCGGCAAUUAACGCGAUGCAGUUGCAGCUGGUGCGUGGUAAUGGGCCCGUGUGCCACUGAGAAGAGCGCGUCCGCCUGGCAGAAAGUGCAUCGAGUGUGCGGAGUCCGUCCAAGAACACAAUAGUUAGUGCCAAGAAUAGCUGCGAUCGAGCCCAGUUCCCAAUCCAAAUCCGCAUCCGAAUCGGAUCGAAGCAGCAGCAGCCGCAAUGGAUGUGGUGUGUGUAAUCGAUACGGCGGUGGGCGACCAUCUGGAGGAUCGCCUUUGCGCGCUGGAGGAGAUUAAGCAGGCGGUGCAGUCGGCUGGCGCCAAUUUUCAGCGGGUUCAGUUCGAGCGCCUGGACUUCGGGGAGACGAAUGUGCUGGAGACGUUCUACAACGCCGAUGUGGCCGUCAUCGACCUGAGCAUCCUCACCCAGCAGCGGCCGCUGUCCUAUCACUACGGCGUCCGGGAGAGCUUCGGCAUGAAGGAGAACAUCCUCAUCUACAACGACGUCGAGUCCAAGCAGACACUCAGUCUCAAGCUCUCGUGUGCCAACUACCUGUUCCUCAGCUACAAACUGAAUGCGGAGAGCAAUUCCUGCCACCUGACCAACCAGCCCAACAGCAACAAGGAGCCCGCCAUCGAGUCACGGGUGCCCACCUUGCAGUGGCGCCUCAAGAGGAAGCUGCAGGAUGUGGAGAUUCAGUCGAAAGCCCACAUGCGUGAGAAAUUUCUCAGCGACAUGCGAACGGCGCGGGACACGUACGCCACCAAUACCGCCAAGCUGCAGAGCAUCUUGCAUGAGAUGCGAAAACGACUGGACGACCCGCAUGUCCUCUCCGGCGAGGUGGUGCACAGCUUCAUGUGCUCGCUGAGGGAUGUGCAGGACUACGAUGCCAUGGUGCGGCUGGUGAACGACCUGAAGAACAUACCCAACACGCGAAAGUAUGUGGAGACGGGCAACAUGAGUUUCCUGUACGCCUUCGCUCUGAACCGAAGGAAUCGCAAGGGUGAUCGGGAGAAGGCGCUGGAAUCAUCGCUAAAGGCGCUCGAAAAGAAGGAGAACCACUUCCCGGACAUGCUUUGCUUGUGCGGUCGCAUCUACAAGGACAUUUUCGUGGAGUCAGACUACACGGACGCCACAAGUCUGGCGCACGCCAUAAAGUGGUACCGCCAAAGUUUCGAGGUUCAGCCAAAUGAGUACGCGGGCAUUAAUCUGGCCACCUUGCUGGUCAUCGAGGGCAAGGAAUUCACCAAUACGGAAGAGUUGCAGCACAUCGGCAUGACUCUGAACAAUUUGAUCGGCAAGAAGGGCAGUCUAUCUUCGCUGAGCGAGUACUGGGACGUGGCCACUUUCUUCGAGAUCUCCGUUUUGGCCAAGGACUAUGCCAAAGCGAUCCAAGCUGCCGAAUGCAUGUUCAAGCUGAAGCCACCCAAUUGGUAUCUUAAGUCCACCAUCGGCAAUAUCUCUCUUAUACACCGGUUUCGCAGAAAGCCCGAGGAGCGCAUGCCUUCCAUAGAGGAGCAGGUGUUCCAGUUCUGGAUGGACUUCUUUUUGGAGGCCACCAACACCGAGGAGGUUAAGAACAGCAUUCGCUUUCCCAUACUGAUCCUUGAGCCGCAGAAGAUCUAUAUGCCCAGUUACGUUACCAUUAACAUGGAUGCGGAUGAAAAGUCCAUACAGAUUGUUAACAAUUGUCUGGCCCAUGCAAAGAAUGCCUGCAAGAAACUCCAUGACUUCCUUUUCGUUGCAUCGAAGAUCAAAUCCGUCAGCCUUUACAAGCGGGAUGAUCGCUGUGCCUAUUUGUACGUCCAUCACAACUCAGAUGACUUCCAGAUAUACUUUCCGUCCACCGAACGCCGGCAGAAGUUCUACGAUCUGAUCCUGGAGAUGACCGCCGACCAGGUGGUGUUUGUCAAUCUCAGCAACGAUGAUGCUCAAAUCGAGUACGAGUAUGACUACGAUGAACAGAACCGCAAAAUGGUGCUGGGCAAGGGCACCUACGGAACAGUGUAUGCCGCCCGAGACAAGCAGACGCAGGUCCGAAUCGCCAUCAAGGAGGUGCCGGAAAAGAACUCUCAGGAUGUGCAGCCCCUGCACGAGGAGAUCAAGCUGCACUCUCAGCUGCGCCACCGUAACAUCGUUCGCUAUUUAGGAUCGCGCUCGGAGGACGGCUUCUUCAAGAUCUUUAUGGAGCAGGUGCCAGGAGGCUCGCUCUCCGACCUCUUAGAGACCAAAUGGGGUCCGCUCAAGGAUAACGAGUCCACCAUGGCCUUCUACUCCAAGCAGAUUCUCGAAGGAUUGAAAUACCUCCACGAGCAGGACAUUGUACAUCGCGAUAUCAAGGGCGACAACGUGCUGGUUAACACAUACAGCGGCGUGGUGAAAAUCUCAGAUUUUGGCACCUCCAAACGGCUGGCCCGGAUCAAUCCGAUGACGGAGACCUUUACGGGCACCUUGCAGUACAUGGCGCCGGAGGUCAUUGACCAGGGCGUCCGCGGCUAUGGUCCGGCGGCUGACAUCUGGUCUUUUGGCUGCACAAAUGUAGAGAUGGCCACGGGCAAGCCGCCUUUCAUCGAGCUGGGCUGUGCCCAGGCGGCCAUGUUCAAGGUUGGCUACUACAAGAAGCAUCCCAAUAUACCCGAGGAACUCUCCGCCAACGCCAAGAACUUUAUCUUGCGUUGCUUUGCCAUAAGCGUGCUGGACCGGCCUUCCGCCUCGCAACUGCUCGACGAUCCCUUCUUACAAGAUAAACCUCGCAAGAUGCGUCCGGCUUUGCCCAUCAACACUGAGUUUGGUCGGAGCAUUUCGGUGCCUGCCGAUCGAUUUGUGCACAAAACGACACCGCCGCUGAGCUACAAUACAACCUGCAAUACGCCCACCACGCCGGAACUGGACAUCACUCACACAUCCUCGGUGGACAUUGACGAGCCGCACAGCAACCAGUUUCUGCUGGAGCGACGCAAUUCAUCUGGAUUUCUGCUCUCACCGGAGAUCGAACCCUCCACACCAUCCCUGCGCACAAGCAUUAGUGAGACGAGCGAGACUGACGGCUUCUACCGGCUGAAGAAGGAUUCUCAGCGACGGACGACGCUUUCCAAGGUGCUGGCACUUGAUGAAUCAAAGAUCUGCGAUAUUUGGCUAAAGAAGGUCGACGCCGAUCAACACUCGAUUGCCAUUCGCAAGAGCGAUUUGGAGGUGCUGAUUCGGGGUCUUCGGGACUACAUCAUGAACGAGAACGAGAAGCAUUUGGAGGCGACUAUCAACGAACUGAAACAAAAGCUGAACAACGACGCAGUGGCUUUGGACCAUUUGCAUUUGGCCCUAUACUCCUUUCAGGACGCCGUGGUCUGUGUGCUGCGGUAUCACUGCAUCAAACCUCACUGGAUGUUCGCGUUAGAUAAUCUCGUCAAGAGGGCUGUGCAGGCUGCGGUUACGAUUUUCUCUCCCGAACUGGGCGCCAAUCUGGCGGACAAGGAUCUGUCUGGAAACGAUGAUGAGAGUGUGCACCUCAGUCUGAUGCAGCAGGGAUCCACCGAAAGCCAGGAAAAGCAUCAGCAGAUCUUGGAGAAGGUGCAGCCCACGAGCAGCACUGGAGGAGGUGUCGGAUUAGCGUCCGCGGAGUCCUCAGGCGAUGCCUUGGCCAGUUCGUUGGAGUGCGCCCGCAUACUGAGAGACAUACGUGAGAACCAGCAGAAGUUACAGCGUCAGCUGCUCGAGCAGCAGCGCCAGAGCAUGAGGGCCCUGCACAACAUCAGCCAGGAGCUGGCCCACAUCUACAUGGGCGGAAGGAAGAGAUUAAGGCGCACCAUCAACGGCUUUAACAAAAAGUGCCAUAGAAUGAGUCCCAGUGUGGGCGGAAUGUCCGGUGUCCGUCCAACCCUAGCGGGCAAUCCCCGGAAGCAGCUAAACAAGCAUCACUUUGGUCUUCACGAGAUAGACGAGCAGUUGGAGCAGUGGCUGACACAACAGGAAAUAGACGAGUUCUCAAAGACGCUCAUUCUGAAUGAAGGUUUCACGUUUGAGGAUUUCAUCUAUAACAUGGAGAAGCUGGACCUCAUGAGGCUGGGACUACGUGUUGGCAUCGAAGUGCGCCUGUGGAAACUCAUUAUACAGGAGCGAGCCUGCACCUCAUCCGAUUGCGUGGACAGUCCGCCGAGCACCUACCACAAACCCAUUGGAGGCAGUUGCUCCUUGGCGCUGAUUGACAACAACAAUACGCUACCAUCACCCACAACAACGACUCCCGGAACGCCAGGCAUCAAAACGAAGAUCAAAAAAAGCGAAAGCGAAUACGAUUCCUGCAGCGAGUGACUGGAGUUGGAAGCUCUUUAAGUUGUGCCUUAACAGAUACUACUGAUACAGAUUAAUUGUUAAUGUUGUCCAUGUGCUACUAACCGCUGUGAAGCUCAGCUCAGUGAGUUUCCAGUCCCCCUGGGUGAAAUUCGAGCAGAUCGACUGGUGGUUUUCCGAACUUGGAGUUUGAAAAGCAUCUGUCUGUGUGUGUCGAGAUUUUGCCAUUGCAUGUUAAUUUAUAAUACAAAUGGAAUUUAAGUGCCUUUAAUUUAAAAGAAAAACAACUGAAACUGAAAAAUACAUUGUGAAGUGCUUUGCAAGAAAUUGGAUUUCUUAAUCAAUUGGGAAAGAUUACCUUUUAAGUGAAAAACAAAUUUUGUAAUAACUUUUCUAGUUCGUUUGCAUUUAUUUUUUUUGUUUAGUUUUUUGUUGUCUUUAACUGACAUUGCAGAAGAUUUAAUAACUGAGUUUACAUUGCUUUUUGUUAUGUAAGAAAUUUGCAUAAUUUUUUCAUUAUUGUUCUUUUUGAUGUUAUUCGAAAGCGUUUCGUUCUGUUGCUGCAGUUGUUCUUGCUGUUGUUGUUGUUGUUGUUGCUGUUGUAAGUAGUUAGAUGUUGUUGCUGUUCUGGUUGUUGCGCCAAAGAAUUUAUGCCUUGGACUCGGCCUCGCUGGCGGUGGCCUGGGAUUGGGCAUCGCUGGACUUGCCAUCGUCGACCUUGCCAAAGACGCAGCAAGGACACUUCUCCUUGAGGGCCAGGCGGUAUUUGGGAUGGCUAUGAUGAGAUGCAAGACCAAUUGUAAGGGACUAAAGGAUAUACAUUUAAAUAUGCCCACCUGAUGCCAUAUACAAUAGGAUUGUAGCAGGCGGCCGACUUGGCGAAGCAAGCUCCCCAAAUGGUGUUCAGUGGUGUGAGACCCUCGAACUUGAACAGUCCCAUGCAGUUGAUCACAAGGUAUGGAGUCCACGCCAUGAACCACAGGCUGAUGGUCACCAGGGCCACCUUGGCCAGCUUGCCCUCGGCGCUCUUAUCGGCAUCCUCAGAGGAGCGGAGGGACUUGACAUUCAUCUUCUUGGCCUGCUCGCGCAUGGCCUUCUCGUGGGCGG